AUGGAAACCGCUCUGGAACGCAAGCCAAAAAGGCCCCAUUACAUUCCUCGACCGCCAGGCAAGCCUUACAAGUACCAUUGUUUCCAGUGUCCUUUCACCUGCAAUGAAAAGUCCCAUCUCUUUAACCACAUGAAAUAUAACUUGUGUAAGAACUCCAUCUCCCUGAUGUCACAGAAAAAUGGGCAAACAGCCCGACAGGUCAAGGCUGUAGUAAAAGAAUUCCCUGACAAAUCUAAGGACUGUCCAAGCCCCCUGCCAGCAGUUCAGGACAAUAGUCCUGAGACAGAAGGUACUGAGGGGAACAAGGCUGAGAGCAGAGAAGACACAGAAGAAGUAGACGUUGGGUGUGACAGCCCAGUCAAUAAGGACAGCCAGAGUGUGACAAAAUCAAAUACAGUAAUAGAGGGAGAGAAUAGCAAUGAGAACAAGUCUGUGCCGCGCCCAUCGGCCUUCUCCCUCGUCACACCCAAAAGUGACGGAGCAGAAGCCUUUAAGUCAUCGGUGCAGCAGCCAGAGGAUUCACAAGAUCCUGUUCCCACUUUCAACCACCCAGGCUUCCCAUGGGGCACGAUUUCAUCAUCCAUUUCCUUAAAACCAUUCCCUCCUCCCAUGGUUCCUGAAUACACUCCUUAUCUCCUGCCUGACCGGCACCUGUAUCCACCAUACUACCUCCCAACAAAUCACCAUGCAAAUGAGCCAAACCCCCCACCUUUCCGGCCAGAGUUUAUGGAUCCCCAGAGGCCCAUGGUUCCACAACCCAUUGCCCCACCUCACAGUGCCCUCUUUUCCCCAUACCCAUACAGAUACUGCCACCCUCUUCAUCCGGGCCCCCCUCUGCAUUUCACCCUGUACAGACCCCAUGAGCUCCCCAUGCCAAUCACAGGACCCAGAUAUCUUCCUUUGGAUUUGUAUGGACCGGCCCUUGGGCCCAAGGAUUAUGACUCGCACAUGCAUUCCCGAUCCAGUCUUGACAGCAUCAACACAUCUGCGCAAGAGGAGAGCAACCACGGGCAAAGUGGAGACAAGGAAACCAGGCUGAGUCCUAAAGAGGGCUGUUCAGCCUUAGGGUCCCCUGACAGACCCUGUCAUGCACACAUCAUCCAGAGAGACACAGAAGCCCCACACUACACCAACAAGAGUGACCCACAGGCAACCACCCAACUAGGACACACAGCUGCACCCAAUCAACCCAUCCAAUCCGACAUUACACUCGAGGAGUCUGCAAGAAGCUUGCUGCAGUUAAGAACUCUGUAUGUGGAUGGAGGAUUGGCUGAGAGCAACAGAUAUUCCUCUGUUCCCGUUUCUGAGCCAUGUCCUGAAACAACACCAGACCAAGAUGAUGAGGAUAACAGAGAAGAUUACCCCCUAAACCUCUCAACGAGGAACCAGGACAAAGAAAAAAGUCCAUGUGACCACAGACUGAGGUGCUCAGAAACAGAGGACUUAAACAGUCAAGAGUUGCCUCUAAACCUCAGCCUGCGAGCUUCACAUAGCAGCCCUGUGCACAGCUCUGCCCUCAGCACUUCAGUAGAUCUCCAGCAGAGGCCAGACGCUGAUCUGGAUGAAGAGCCAUGUGACCAGAGGCAGACUGCAGCACUGGCACUCUGUCAGCUAGCCAUUGCAAGCUCUGCUGCCUCUUUAUGCGACUUUAGCACUGCAGAUCGGCCCACAGAGGAUUCCACGGACACUAUAAGUUCUGGCUCUCCAAAGAAGACAAAACACACAACUACGGCUAAGAAAACUGGUGUGAAAAGAGCAAACGCUGGCCAGGCUGACAAAAAGUGCCAUAAACCAAACAAAAGAGUAAAAACAGGACGGGCUCUGAGGAAAAGGUCUCGUUGCUGA